CAGCAAUUUAUAUUAUGUAUCUGUCCACUUUCCUCCUUAUUCAAGCCUGCAGCCUUGUCUGUGCGCAGGUUGUCUCCCCAUAUCCAGUAUCAAACUGUGAUGGCCUAGCUGGGACGGACCUUCAAUGCCCCGAUCAGCCCGGCUGCUGCUCGGGUGGCGCAAUGUGCUGCGCCGGAGGCUGUUGUCCAUUAUCUGCCAUUUGCGUAAACAGUGGCACGUCUAAUGAGCAAUGCUGCGAUCUCUCGGAUAAGUCUCUCUGUGGAGCAGCUGUUACUGACUCGUCCCCUGCUUGCCCAACCGCCGCCGGCAUCCAUCCAUCAAAGCUCUGCGUCGGGGUUGACAGUGACUGGUACUGUCCCUGGGAUGCUGUAUGCGAUAACUCAGGCGGAGGCUGCUUUGGUGGAAGAGUUAAAAGAGACAACUGCGAUACACAGGCAACAGAGACGGCAACAGAGACGGCAGGAGAAACAGCAGAAGACACAGCAGCAGAGACAGCAGCAGAGACGGAAUCGGACACUUUCACUGGGGAUUACGCAACGACCACGGGGUCCUCCGCUGCUACUACAUUGGUAGAUACAUCGACCUCUCAUUCAGAGACCAAGACUUCGCUUGCUGCAUCUGGACAUAAUCUUUCAGCUGCAUUCCUUACCAUGGCUUUUAUUCUUGCAGUAUAUUAGUCUGAUC